AUGGACGACAGGGUUUUUGGCAAAAGGCGGCACCCUCCGGAAGCAUCUUCUCAUCCCUUCAAGAAGCGGCUGGUAGAUAGCCUGUCCAGUCUGAGCAUUGGCUCUGAUCCUGGCAGAAGGCAAUCCAUAUCGCGCCCGACAUCGCCUUUUUCAUCAUCUGAGGAUAAUUUGUUGCCGGCAUACGAACCGCAUGCUUACGCAAACUCACAAACAAGUGAUAGAAUCGUCAUACCGUCUAUAGAGAAGUUCCUGCGAGAGAAUCCAGACUAUGACGAUUCCGCCACAAGGCCAAUUAAUGUAUUUGAAGAAAUCGACCCCAUGAAACUUGUUAUACCGAAUUUAAGGGCGGUUAAUGAAUUAUUCAACAGCGAAUCCAGUUUCAACAACGAGGCCUACCUAGCUGAAAGGAAGAGAUUCUCCUACGAAAGGGUUGCGGCCCAGAAGAAAAGGGAAUUAGAAAAGAAGAUGCGCAGUCAACCGGCCCAAUUCUUGGGCAUUAACAAUGAUAUGAAUGAUGAAGGGGCUCCAUCCGGGUUUGAGGUGGAGGUCACAGACAACGAGAUAUAUAGAGACGCAUAUGCCUUGCGAUACUGGUCUCUCGUGAAAUGGUACGAUCCGACGGCGGUGGUUUUGGAAAAUCUACGCGAAUGGCGCAAUAGUGAGAGUUCAGUGUAUGUGCCAGAUGAUGGUGAUACCAGCUUCUACAUGGACGAGUCAAUGGAUGUAGCUGAGUGCUCAACUCCAUCAAGACCCAACCCUAACUGGGAAUCUGAAUAUGGCUCGUACUACGCCUCCACUCCAGUGGGACGACAACAGAUAGAGAUUGAUGACAUGGACAUGGAUAUUGAUUAG